CUGGGCCAUUUUUUGAGCACGCCUUAUUGUCUACAUGCUUGCCGAAAUUUCAAAGAAGCUGUUGCCUUCCGUCAAUGGCAUCUCAGGGCACGAAGACCAGUGCCUCCUGCCAAUUCAGUGAUGAUGUUUUCAUUGGACGAUAAGAAACAUCUCCAAUGUCUCCUCUCGGUAAGCAAUGUCAGAGAAAGGGCGCGCGCAUCUCCAACACGAUUUAAAAGCUUCAUGGGCUCCAUAUGGACGUCCGGAGGAGAUGAUAUUCCUACCAUCUGAUCCAGUGAAACUACUUCCGGGCUGAGAAUACCUGCCCGUGAUUGGCCACCGCUCGUCUUUGACAUACCUCUAACCAUCAACACCUGUACUGUCAAUCCGCAAAAGCCUUCGACAAUGUCUGGCGGCGCACCAGUCCCUGUCCCCGUCAAGGGCGAAGACGCAGUAGUCCUGUGCAUGGAAGAUAUCAAAGAACGAGCGGACGCCAACCUGCCUGAAGUCGCAAGAGAUUUCUACAACUCUGGCUCAACAUACCAAACCACCAUCGCCGAGAACUCAUCUACCUUCAACAAAUACCGCCUCCGGUCCCGCGUGCUGAUCGACGUCUCCCAGCUCUCGACCUCAACAACUUGUCUCGACCGGACAAUCAAGUUCCCGCUAGGUAUAUCGCCGGCCGGCCUCCAAGCCAUGGCUCAUCCCGGAGGUGAACUUGCCACGUCCCGCGCCUGCGCCAACAUGGGCAUUAACAUGGCCAUAUCGAGCUUUGCCAACUAUCCCGUCAGGGACAUCACUUCCACCGGGAACAGAGGGGUGCACUACGCGAUGCAGCUGUACAUGAUGAAAGACCGCGGUCUGCAAGAAUCUAUUAUAAAAGCCGCGGAAGAAGCAGGCUGCAAAGCCAUCUUUCUCACGGCGGACUCUCCCGUUCUCGGGGUCCGCUAUAACGAAUGGCGCAACGACUUCCGGACCCCCGACGGCCUGGCCUAUCCGAUGUUGGGACUAACGAGCGAGAUGAUCCGCCGGCAGACGCACGACGCCGGGUUUAUGGCGCUCAACGAUGACAGCCAUAACUGGGAACGAGACAUUGCAUGGCUGAGAGCACGGACUAAGAUGCAGAUCUGGAUCAAGGGCGUCAUGACGGCCGAGGAUGCCGAGUUGGCAAUCAAACACGGGUGCGAUGGAAUCAUUGUAAGCAAUCACGGCGGAAGACAACUCGACGGCGUAGCGGCCACGCUUGAUGCGCUGGUGGAAUGCGUCGACGCAGCGAAGGGUAGAAUUCACGUGCACAUGGACGGCGGGAUCCGACGAGGGAGUGAUAUUUUCAUUGCGCUGGCGCUGGGGGCGCAGUGUGUUUGGGUUGGACGUCCUGCCAUCUGGGGUUUGGCGUAUAAUGGGCAAGCGGGGGUUGAGAAGAUGCUGAGUAUCUUGUACGAGGACUUUAGACGGUGUAUGGCUUUGUGUGGGUGUAAGAGUGUUGAGGAGAUUGGAAGGGGUUGCCUGAGGAGGAUGGGAUACGAUGGGGUGUUGCGGAGAGUGGAGUAAUUGACUGUAGUGAUGGUUCAGCACUGGUUCAGCAUCUGUGUUACUAUGUAACGGUAUGCAGUUAGAGGCUGAGUCGAGACUUGAAUCCUCACAAGGACUUGCUGCAGUCAGUUUGGGAGGUCAAUUCUUUCCGUCUGCUACGGUUACUUGAACGAUUGUUCUCCCUUUUUCUUUGCCACAUAACCAGUGUUGUGGUAUAGGUGUC